GGUUUCAACUAUUUGGAAAAAAUAGAAUGUGAAUUUAUUUCCUAUUUUUCUAUGUUUUGACUUACAAAAAAAAAAUUCAGUAGUGUCUCCCCAGAAUUUUGCUGAAACAAGGAAUUGAAACAUUCAAAAGGGAAGUAUAAUAUUUUAAAUGGGUUUUAAUUCAUUUAUUCUACCUCGACGUUGACAACAUGAGUUUAGUUUUUAUUGAAAUUCCCAUAGAUUUAUGUUGGUUGAUCAACAUCAAACUUUCAAACAUCUGAUUUUCUAUGAUAUUUUCUUAUCCCUUCUCUCAAGUCAUCUAAGUCUAACUGCCCAUACCUUCAACUAUUGGAGGAUCUUGUCCCCCUCCCCUUUCUGUCUCUCAUAUUCCUUGAUAGUUUUUAUGUUUUUGUUAGUUGAGGAAUGAACACUAUUGAUUUGUAUAUGCUAUUAUUUGUCUCAGUCAGCGAUUAGAGGAAAAUUAUACGCAUAUACGUAUACGUGUAUGUAGAGUUGUAGACUGAUACUCAUCUAGAGUGAGAGUUUGUCCAUUGCAUCAGAGUAUUUUCAGGGGUCCCAACUAUAAUAUGCAUGUCUAGCUACAUUUUCCGGAUAUGAAAAAGAAAAGAAAGAUGCCGAGCAUGAGAUAAAUAUGAUGAGAUUCUAGAAAAAGAAGUGUUUGAUAUUGUAUUUUCAUUUGUUUUGAACCGAAGUUGGAAAAGUAUCCAACAAUAAACUAUAUCCAUCCAAUCAUCUGCUCUAGGUAUGCCUCCAUUUUCAUAAACCCCACACCUAGUCCAUCAUCAUAUAUACCACCAAACAUAUCAGUAAUUAGCUCUGUUUUUUCUUUCUCUCUCUGUCUCUCUGAGUUUGUUAUCUUUGGGUGUGUUGGUUGUUGGUCUGAGAAGUUGUUCUUUGUCUGGAAAGAAAUGGGCAGGAAAUGCUCACAUUGUGGAAACAUAGGCCACAAUUCAAGGACCUGCACCACUUUUAGACGGACUGUUGUGGGAGGACUUAGGCUUUUUGGUGUUCAACUUGACAUAUCUUCAUCAUCUGUUGCCAAUAUGAAGAAGAGUUUUAGCAUGGACUGCUUGUCUUCUGCCUCUCCCUCAUCUCCCUCUCCUUCUUCUUCUUUGUCUCCUUCUAGAGUUAAUUCCAUGGAUGAAAAUUCUGAUAAAACUUCCAAUGGUUAUCUAUCUGAUGGUCUCAUGGGUCGAUCUCCGGACAGAAAGAAAGGAGUUCCCUGGACAGAAGACGAACACCGAAUAUUUCUAAUUGGGCUGGAGAAGCUGGGGAAAGGAGACUGGAGAGGCAUCUCUAGAAACUUUGUGACUACAAGAACUCCAACCCAAGUUGCAAGUCAUGCUCAAAAGUAUUUUCUUCGACAGGCAACUCUCAACAAGAAGAAGCGACGUUCCAGCUUGUUUGACAUCGUUAGAAGCAGUAGCAUGGUUGGACCUCAUGUUAACUCCCAGCCUAAAAUUACUCGUACAAUUCCUCAAUUAGGUUUGCAUCACCACCAUCAUCAUGCCAUGCCCGUUAAGUUGCAGCAUGGAUUCACUGAUUCUCAGACAAAAACAUCAAAUGCAGCAGAAUCCAUGUCUUCAAAUGUGGUGCUUGAUCUGGAUCUCACGCUUGCAGCCCCAAGACCGGCUUUAGAAGAAAAAAAGUCAUCCCCAGCAACCCUCCUUAUCAGACCUAUUAGCGUUACUUGACAACUUUGCAAGGAACAAACUGAAUGAAUAACCAUGUCGUUGUUGUUCAGGCUUAUAAAAAUGAAGGACCAUAGUACUAGUAAUUAGCAGUAUUUUACUUAUGGUAUUUAAUUAAUUUCCAGCGUAGUAAACAUUUUCUCAAGUGAUCAAUUUAAUCCUUGUUUUCAGGCAGUCAGUUUUGUUUAUGGCACAUUAUAGUAGUUAAUCCUUUUGAUAAUACAGACAAUGUAUUCUCAGGUUUUGCCUGCACUAUAAUUAAUUUCCUCUCUGGACAAUCUUAUAAUUUCCCACAGUUUUUGGUAUGUGGAAGGUCCAUGAAAUCAGAAAUAACAGCAAUUAAUUAAUGAGUUAAGGUAUCUUUUUCUUCACUUCCUCCUCCAAAGGAGCCAGAAAUUUUUUUUUUAUUUUUUUUUUGUUUUUCAAUGCCCAAUUGCCCAUACCA